GAGGCCAGUUGAUCACCACCACUCCAUCCAACGUCUGACGUCCAACAUGCUGCUGCUUCUGGUCACUCUGUCCUGCCUGGCGGCCGUCAAGGCUCAAGCUACACCUUGCUGCAUUGGAAUCGGUUGGUCAGCCACAGCGUUCGACAUUCGCGCGCAGUCCCAGGGAAAUAGCAUAAAAGCUGACUUCUACUACGACUGGAACAACAGAGCUACUGCCAUCCAGUACUAUGUGGAUGGAUCAGUUCAGAAGUCAACCAGAAUUGUCACGUCGUAUGAAAAGAAUGAACGCUACACCAUCGCCGCAGAUGGAACAUGUACCAAAGACGUCCCAACUGACGUCCUCUUGCCAAACUGCAUCCCGAAUGACAGUGCAGACCUUGGCUCAAGCUAUAUCGGCACUGAGGGAAGCGGGUUCAAAUCUGCCAACUGGUUGGUUACUAUUGGCUCUGUCAACCUAACCUUGGGCGUCACCGACCCCGAGUGUGUCUUAACAUUCCUGGGAAUCUUCAACGAGGCAGCAGUUCCUCAAGACACAGAACUAUACUUUAACGGACGUAAAACAGGCAUCACGGAUCCAACUGCUUUCGAUGUCCCCAUCAACUGUCAAUAAAAGUUUCAAAAUAUGUUA